AUGUUGCCACCCUCGCUGCGGCGGAUCCAGCGCCUGGCGCGGCUGCCGAUCCAAAGAGUGGCAAUCCGUCAGCUCUUGGAACGAUCUGCCUCUGUGUCAGAGGAGCAACAUGUGCAACAUGCGCGUUGGAUUCAAGAAGAGAUGCCAGUACGAUUGGCACAUCGCCUGUCUGACUUUCUGGAGCUUCCAUUUGUCAUUGUUUGCAAUGCUCGGUUUCACGAGGUCUUUCGCCUUUUCUUGCAUGCCUUCGAUACCUUGGUGGAAUCUCCUCCAGUCAAAGAUACUAGAGACGUGGAAAACUUUGCUCGGAUGCUGCGAGGGCUGGUACGGGGCCAUGACAACACAAUCCACAUGCUACAGGAAGGCUAUGCUGAGCUUCAUGCGUUGCUGGAGGAUAUGGUUGAGUUGGAAGCGUUUCUGAAUCAAACGUGCUUCACACGUAUUGGAAACCGUGUUUUAGCCGAGCACUUUCUGGCAGUGCAUGAGGCCCGCAGUUCAGGAGCUGCGCAGCAUUUCGUUGGGGUGGUGGACCCCAGAUGCUGCCCCCGAGAAGUUGUUGAAGAGCUGUCAGAGAGUUUGGGAGAUAUUUGCGAAGAACUCUAUGGGACCCGGCCCAAGGUGCAGUUGCAAGGCGAACUCGAGACGCAGCUGUCCUUCGUUCCAGAGCAUUUGCGAUUCAUGUUACAGGAGCUGCUGAAGAACGCUUUCCGUGCCACACUGGAAACGCAUCCUGGAGCUCCACCCCCAGUCACCGUGGAGGUGCUCAAGGGCAUCUUCGAUGUGACCAUCAAAGUCUCCGAUAGAGGUGGUGGUAUGCGACGAGACGAACUGCGCGAAGCCUGGCGCUAUGGCCACUCAUGUGCCAAGAAGCCGGCUGUUGAAGUGAAGCCCAAGGACGACUUCCAGCUGCUUUGUGGCCGCGAUCAAGCAUCAAUGCGUCAACUCGCUGGCUAUGGCUUUGGGUUACCUUUGUCGAGAGUCUAUGCGCAGUACUUUGGUGGUGACAUCCACGUGCAGUCUAUGCAUGGCUUUGGUACUGAUGUCUAUUUGAAUGUGAACCACCUGGGAGAUGUGCUUGAAAGUGAUGGAUCUGAGAGACAUGCGCAAGGAGUGGGUCUUUCGGGCAAGCGAAGCGAAGACGGAAUUGUCGUUGACACUGGCGACAGCGGCAACAACGGCGACAUGUACCGAGCCGUGUCGACUCCGAGUCUGUCCACGGGGAGCUUCGGCUCAGAUCCGUCAUCGCCCCUGCGGUCCUCACCUCCGCCGCCUGAGCAGCGCAAAGUGCCCUGCCUGGAUGGCCUUUCCUCUCCGUUCACCGAGCUCAGCCGCGCGAAGCAAAGCUCAAUGCGCCUCCCGCCGUUGGAACGACAGGACGGCCGCUGGAGUGCCCCAGUGAGCCGCGAGAGCCAGGCCACUGGCCCUCUGGAUUUCCCGCCGGCGCCUGCAUCUGCCCCAGAAGAGCGUCGCAAGCGCAAAUCCCAUCGCCAGAGUCGCCAUGCGUGCAGUGCAGGCUUGCCACGCCGAACCUCCUCAGAUGGACUGUCGCAAGCAGGUUCCUAUUCAAAUUAUUCAAGCUCAACACGAUCAACACGCACUCCGACAUCUGAUGUGGUCGAGGGAGAGGAUGCGACGGUGUUGGAGGCAAUCACGGCCGGGACGUUUGGAUGGGUCCGUGGCAGCGCCAUUGGACAAGGGGCUCACGCUUGUGUUUUCAAAGCCUUGGAAAAAAAGACAGGUCGCAUCUUUGCCGUCAAGCAGUCGCCUCUGGGUGGAGAGGCUGAUGAGACAUUCAGGGAACGCUUGGAAGCCGAACUGCGGAUCUGCAAGGACUUGCGCCAUCCAAAUAUCGUGACAUGUUUGGGCUUUGAGUGCAAAAAGGAUAGCUUCUACAUUUACUUGGAAUAUGUACCAGGUGGUUCUAUGAGCACCUUGCUGAAAGAGUUUGGGCCACUUGUUGGGCCUUUGCUUAAGCAGUGCACUGAAGGUGUCCUGGAGGGCUUGAACUACCUCCACACUCAGAACCCACCAGUUGUACAUCGAGACAUCAAAGGCGCAAAUAUCCUUGUUGACUUAAGAUUUAACGUGAAACUCAGUGACUUCGGAUGCUCCAAGAAAGAGGACCUUACCAAAUCUUUCACCACCAUCGGAUCGAUUCCUUGGAUGGCACCUGAGGUGAUCUUGCAGCGGGAUGGCUAUGGAAGGAAGGCGGAUCUAUGGAGCUUUGGAUGCGCAGUGGUUGAGAUGGCAACAGCGGAGAAUCCGUGGGGGAAAGACGCUUUUGAGAAUGUGAUGUAUGCGUUGAAACACAUCUCGAUGACUGACGCAAUUCCUCCCAUCCCUGAGCUAGAUGAGGCAGCUGAUGCUUUCCUUCGAGCCUGCUUGCAACGGACACCCGAGCGCCGACCUUCCGCCUCAGAGUUGCUGCGUCAUCCAUGGUUGGACAAUUGAUCCACGUGAGGAGAUCCUCAAGUUCUUUCAAGGAACGAAUGUUU